UGGAUUACAACAAAUUGACACAGAGCAUUUGGAAUAUUUACACCGUAAACACACAUUCACCAAAAUCCACCCACAAUAACAACAAGGCUGUGCAUUAAUUUACAGUGGCCAUUAAAGGAAAGUCAGACAUUGUUUUUAAUAAAACUUUUGACAAAAUAUUUUUUAAAGUGUGUUGUGAAACAGGAACCGAGCCAAAAACAGAAGAAUAAUAGUUGAAGUGUUUACAGCUCACACAAACGAAAGUGACUUCCGUUGAAGAAAUUUAAAAUUCGACACUGUCAUUGGAAUACAACCCAAUAAGGCUGUGAUUGGUGCGACAUUCAGUCAAUCCGGCGAUCGUUCGAUGAGUUCAGUGAAGAAGAUACAUACGUUGAGUUACCGCGAGUGAAAAAUAUCGUUUACAAGUCUGUUCCGUCUUCAAUGUAGUAAAAUAAAAAGAAACCCAGUGACGCCGUUCGUCGCCUAUGGCCAAGUCAACAUAAACUACAGGUGUUUCUUGGUUGCAUUUAGUUGUUUGUGAUAACCAACAGGUCUCAGGCCAGAUCAUUCUGUUGUUCUUCUCGAUCAAAUCGACAAAUUACAAAUUUACACUUGAAGUAAAAAUACUUUCUAUUGAAGUGUGUGUGUUGAAAUCUGAAAACGUAAAAAACGUCAAACGUAGUAAAAAAAACACAAAAAUUGCCACUGAAAAUGGAGAGCAGCUGCAAUAAUAAUAGGCCUCAAAAACAACUACAGCGUAGCCAUCCCGACGAUCAUGACAAAGAUGAUCGUCAAGAGCAGCAUCCACAAAGGCAACACAGGUUUACCUCUAGCAGGAUGAGCCGCAUGAAGCAAUUCCACAAGACUCUUCUUGCUACGUUUGUUGCUCUUGCUCUUUUAAUGUCUCAUUACCAAGUUUUGUGCGUAGAAUUGACGGAUAAUUUGGAAACCACCACUGAAGAUAUUUUAGUGCUGGUCACAACCAUACAGCCACAGCUCUCCACACAACUGGACGAAAUCGUUGAAGAGAAGAAUGAAACCAUUAAAGCCGAGAUCCGAACCAUCGAAAAUCUACCACCCGUUGAAGUUGAAUUAGAACAUGCACCUGAAGGUGUAAACUCCGAUUCACACCAUGGUGAGACCCAUGUAGCAGACUUCCAAACCACGCAUGAUAUUCCCAUAUCUUCAGCAACCAGCGACAUUGAACAAACCGAGGUUAACAAUGAAAUAUUUUCAUCGAUGGCUGAGGUGAAUCCAGAAGUGAAAACCUCACACGAUUUUGUAAACUCAGAAGCAGGCAGAAAAGAUGUAAUAGAAACGACAGAAGACUUGGAGCAAUCCAUUCGAAAUUCAGUAAAGACAGAGAUGGAAGAAGGAUUGGAACCCUCACCGGUAUUGGAGAUUCUUAAAGAUAUUGCCGAACCCGAGAUAAGGCAAACUCUAACCGAGGAUCUCAUAGAACCAACUCUCAAUCAAAAUGAUGUAUCACCCAAACUGGAAAAUAAAGACAGCGAGGACAAGGUCGAAGAUGUUGACAAAACAAAAGAUGCAUCUCCCACACAACCAGAGAUACCAAAAGAGGUUAGUGAGAUUGCCGAAGAAGCUAUUGAAGUUAAGACACAUAAAGUCCAAGAACCUAAAACAAAGACCGAAGAACUUAAUCUUGAGAAUGUUGCAACCAAUGGGGAAAAUACUCGUGAAGCUCGUAACCUCGAGGUAAAUGUAGUACAAGAAGAUAAAAAAGAAGACGCUUCAGUGUCUUCAGCAUCGACAUCAUCUUCAGAAUCUAAUUCUUCACAAGUACCCCAAGAAUCUCAGGUAGAAAGUGGAGACAGACAUGAUGUGACCCAUUUAGAAAUUACGGAAGAACAGCAAUUAUCCAGUCACGUGGAGAAGGUUAAAGAAACCCAAGAGUCCGAGGUUGAUCUUACUAUUCCAAAAACCAUCGAAGAAAUCGGGGAAUCCUCGACAACACCACCUAGCGAUAUAGCUGUUUUGGAAGAAAAAGAGACAGAUGAGCAAGCCAACGAAAAUGAUCAAGCCUUGUCAGUGGUGCUAGAAGAAUCUCUGUCCUCUACUGUAGCUGGUAACGAAGAUGAGCCCCUAACCAAUGUGGAACAAAAGGAACAGAAAACUUCAUUAGAUAUAAUAGCUGAAGAGGAAACUACUUCGAUUCCUGAGGAAACCGAACACAUUGUUAUAAAGAAGGUUUUGGAUGAGCAAGAAAUAUUUGCUGAAGUUCCUGAUACCACCGUUUUUCCUGCAGAGGUUGAGAAGGAUCAGCAGCCCGGAGUCAUUAUUGAAGUUCCAAGUCCUACUAUUAUUGAAGAAGAAAUGCCUAAAGAUUUAAAGGAAAAUGUUUCAGAAGAACAAAGCCUAAUAAAUCAUGAGCAUGAUGCAGAAAACCUUAAUCAUCAUAUUCCCCCAGUUGUCUUAGUAGAAGAUACAAAAGAAUAUAGCAAAGUCGUCAUCCCUCAAGCAAGUGUGGAAGACGUUGAUGAACAAGACGAUGAAGAUAAAAAUGCAACCUUGGAUACAGCCAAGUCUCAAAAUGACGAUAGCGAAGAAGAGAGUUCUAAACAAACAGCAGAUGGUGAAAAACACUCGAAAGAACUGGAUAAAAAAGACGCUAUACAAGUACCACAUCAAGCAAUCGACAAUAAUAGUGCUGAGGAAGAAGACGAUGGCCAAAGUGAUGAAGAUGACAGCCCCGCAGUGGUAACAUCUACUGAAUCUGCCGCUCCUACGAUUCACUCUGAGAUCACCGUUACUUCAGAUCACAAACACCUCAGCAGUUCUAAUACCGUUAGUACUACAGAGUCCGCCGCAGAUCCAGAGACCACUUCCGAAAGCAAAGAUCGUGUGGACGAUAUGCCUCUUGAUGGAUCCAAAACCCUCAAGGGAUCUCGCUCAGUGAAUACGGCCCUUGUCAAUGACGAUACUGUUGCCACAAUGUUUAACUCCUAUCCUCCUCAAGAUGCCGGGCAGACAUUCAAUGGUAAUUUGGCGGAUGAGUCCGCUGGUAUUGGUAAAGCUCUACCCGUAACCGUUAAUGAUGGCACAAAUAAAUCAACGUCCAUAAUCAUACUUAGUUCAAACAUUGCCAUCCUUUUCAUUGUAAUAUCCGUUACUAUAUUCCUAAUCUCCUUCCAAAGGCAACAUGGCACUUUGGACAUAGAAAUGCAGGAGCGUAGUUGUGGCAAAGAUAAUCUAGACGAAGAGGAUGCUGAAACCUUUGCCAAACUGCUUGAGGUGGAACUACCGCCCUCUGUGGCCAUAGCAUUGGAAGAGACCGAAGAGUGUUUGUAGUUUAAGAGACCAAGCAUUCUGAAGACACACACACGAAAGCAUAGUUGUUUUGUAAAUAUUGGAGAAUAUUUCUAGAUUAAAACAAGGGCAAAAGGUUUACUAACACUGUCGUUUGAAAAAGUUACAAAAGGAAAAACAAAUAUUGAUACUCUAAAACAAUGGCUAAAACAUUUUCCACAACUACUUCGAAUAUAUAUAGCAAAUAUUUUUUUUAAUGUACUAUUUCUCUAUAGAACAAUGUUAUUAACUUAACAUAUUUUAUUGCAAUUAAGAUCGACUGAAUGCACUGGUAGACCACCUUUUGUGUUACCGGGAACCAUAAGACUUUUGUGGCCAUAUACCUACAUACAUAUGUCAUUUAUAAUUCAUCCUAUCAUCACUCUAAUCACUAAUUUUGUCAUAGCAUACACAUUUUACGAUAUCCGAUAUCAUAUCUCUGUGACGUCAUAUCCGCUGAUUUAGUUUGGAUAAGACCUACUUUAGAAUUAAAAUAAAAUUUUUGAUCUUAUUACGAGAUCUGCAUUUUAUAGUUUUAAGUUGUUAAUGUUAAAUAGAUUUAGUGUCAACG